AUGUUUUCACCGAGUCCCCAUUACAACAGUGGAGGUAACUCCGACGAUGCUCACCGAGACCCUGUGUUUUUUAGAGAUCCAGAAGAAUUUUAUGAGCCACACAACUCCUAUUACGCAUACCCCGAGGAAAAGAUGAGGUCGCAAGAGUUCAAUUCUCAAUCGAGACGUCCCAUUCGCACCCAAAUACAGCCAAAUCGCUCUGUAAAUCCAUUCAGAGAAAUAAAUAUUAAGUCAAGAAUUGAUCCCUCUGCUGGCAAUCCACAUUAUGAAGAUUAUGAAACGGGUGACAACAAUUUCGAUAGCGGAAACGCAAACAAAUUUUAUUACGACGAAAAUGAAAAUGAUACUAUUGGUGGAAACUACACUAACAACCCAUUUAAAACUAAUUAUCAAGCUAGUAGAAAUAUAAACAAACAAACUGACAGCUACGAAAUUUUUGAUUCAUCCCCUGGGAAAUACUCUUAUGGUAGAGGUUCUGGAACGACAUAUGCUAGUAGUGAUGACAAUAAUGUCAAAUAUCCUUUAAUUAAAAAAGAUGCGUAUCACACAGCCAUAAAAGUUAACGAUGUAGGAUCUGGCUCAACAAUUGGUAGCCGGAAAUUGUCAACAGCGAGAAAACAAUUGAUUGUUACUGCGUAUUUCAAAUCUUUCAAAAUUCUGGCUUUGAUAACGUUUCUACUAUUUUUUUGUCCACUAAUAUCAACAAUUCUAGACCUUUCAUGCGUGUCAAGUAAUACAUUUUGUUUACCAAAAUUUGAGAUUCAGUCUUCUGGGCCACUUGAAAGUGACUCUGUUGAAGUAAGUCUAUUCAGCUCCCUGACAAUGCAGCCUAUUCAUAGAGAGACCACCACAAGCUUAGAAGACGCGUUAGGUUUGAUUGAGAAGUUUUUGAAUGGGUUGUCAGGAAUGGUCUUGGACUCAACUUUCAACCCAUUAUUGAUCAGAGCUAAGAUUGAGGAAGCUUUUGAAAAUGAGAAUUCUGUGAUAUUCAAGUUCAGCAAUUUUGGCUACUGUAAAGAGAUUGUUGAUAGAUAUGUUAUAGAAAACACUUGCCACCCAUAUUUUGGAUACGGUAUUGAUGUUCCAAGUGUUUUCAUCAAGGACCUUGCAUAUACACUAAGUUUGCAAGAAAUUGAAGGAGAUGCAGAAUAUGUUUCCAAUAUUUUUGCAGAGAAUUAUCGAGACUUGUUCAAUUUUUUGAAAAUCAAAGAAUAUCGAGACAACAAAUUCUUGUUCUAUGGGUUUCUCAGUUCUAUUUUGAGCAUCUCCAGUUCUUACAUGUCUAUAAUUGAAUUUCUGUUAGAUUUAGGCUCACUAAUAACUUGCGUUAUAAUCUCACUCGUUCUCAAGAGUAAGGCCAAUAGAAGUUUGAGUGCCUACAAGAACUAUUUGUUUGAAAGCAACUCUAAAAGACAUUUUUCUGAACAGCAUUAUCAAUUUGCCCGAGUUCAGGGAUUUUUAAUUGGAGCGACAAUAGUGAUAUGGAUUAGUACCAUAAUGAGGAUUUUGGGGGUCACAUAUGAGCUGGUUUAUAUUCUACAAAUCGAAAAUGUACUCAAAAGUCUCAACCUUAGAUUAAUCGAGGGCAUUAAGCUUGUUUCCAGCGGAACAGUUCUCGAUAUUUUGAAUGUAUUGAUUCAUUUAUGUGUUUCAAUCUGUUUGACUGCAUGUGUUUUGUGCAAGCCUUGGAUAGUUAAGGUAACUAUUUGA